AUGGAUACACACGAUACACGAUCAAUAUUCCUUGUGUUCCUUGUGUUUACAUUGUCAAAACGGCACGAAAAUCAGUCGCGCGUGAAAAAAUUGAAAACAAUAACAGUCCUGCGAUUAAAAGGAAUACAAGCUUUGACAAUUUUCUGAAUUUCGAAGAUUUUUACAGAAUUUUUCGAUGGAAAAGGACGGAGAGAAAAACGAUUCAAAUUUGCAAGGAGCGAGGAGCGAAGGAUCGUCCAGUUUUGAAUCUAUUGUUCAGAAUAUGGCCAUAGCUCACGAAAUGGCUUUGAACUCCGAUUUUAAAUUGAACGAGGCGGCUUCAGAUUCUUUCGAAGGGCAAGUGAAAAAAAUCGUUCAUCAAGCAUUUUGGGACAUCCUACAAGAAAGCAUCAGCCAAGAUCCUCCAAAUUAUGAACAUGCGAUUAAACUCCUGGCAGAAGUGAAGGAGACGCUACUCUCCCUUACCUUUGAACACAACCACAGUCUAAGGGAACGGAUCAACUCCGUACUCGACAUCGACUUGAUCAAACAACAAAGUGUGCAUGGCAAUGUGGACAUCCCUGGCUAUGCGAACUUCAUCAUUCAAACGAUGUCCAGAAUAUGCGUGCCAGCGAGAGAUGAAGACAUUAGGAAACUGAGCACCGUCGAAGACGGCCUGGUGGCACUGUUCAGGGAGAUAUUCCGCGUUUUGGACCUAAUGAAAUUGGACAUGGCCAACUACAGACUGUCUGUUCUUCGACCACAAAUCGUGCAACAAUCAGUUGAAUACGAAAGGCAAAAGUUCAAAGAGUAUCUGAAAGCAAACCCAAACGGUCUACUCUCCACCGAACAGUGGAUAAAAAAGGGUCACGAUGUGGCCAGAAGAGAGCUUAAUGCUUCUGAUGAUCCUGUAGGGAUAGACGGUGAUCGUUCAGGAGCCUCUUGCGGUAACGAUGGUCGCGAAGGGACGACGAAUGUGGGAUUAGUGGACGUAUGCAGGCAUUGCUAUAGUGGAAUUUUGUUAGGUGAAGGAAACUUUCCAUUCCCAGAGACUCUAUUCAUGGACAGUUAUCGCGUAGCUGAGACGAGGCUUUCUGCGCAGUGCCUGGUCAAAGUUGUAUCGGUCAUUGCCGUUACGUUGAACAUCGUGGGAAAACAUUUAGCAUCGGACGCUGAAUAUAAGACCACGUUAAAGGAAUCUGUAGCAGUUCUACUAAAGGACCUACGAGAAAGUGACCUGGCGAAUGCUUUUCCAAAUAUAUGCGAGCAGGUCAUCAAAGAAACGGACUCAUUCUUAUCAAAGAGGGAGCUGGCAAGUUUGGAUGAAGAGAAAACGAUCGUGUUAAGACAACAAAUUAUGAAUUUGGCGGAAGACGGGAACAACAUUUGUCAGCUAUUCAAAAAACGGAUGUACGAUUUCGUGAAGAACGGAUUGCUCCAACCCAAUGCCUCGAACACGACCCCAGCAACUGUGCCUGCAACACUUGCGGACAUCGAACAUGAACUACUUGAUAUAUGGAAGAAAUUUGGACACCUUGUCUCACACAAUUACGCGGUAUUUGGACCAUUUUACGAAGAAAUCUUGAAGAAUAUUUUAUCCUCGUAACAUGCAUGUAUGACCGCGCGCGCGUUUUUACAUGUAAUUUUAACCAGGGCGCUCAUAUAGUUAUUUGCUAUAUAUAAGCGCCCUGGGACGAGAAGAGACAUGUAACAUGUUAAGAGGAGAUAUUUUUCUAUGUCGCGUAAUAUAUGCUCAAAACCUCAGUUAUAUCUUUAUAAAACAGCGCUAAAAUUUUCAGCAUUAAAAAUGUUUUGCACACCUGAAAAGCAUCCACAAAGUAUGGCUACUGUAUAAUCUCAAAAUAUUGUGAAAAUGAAAAGAUUUCUCGGGAUACGCCGAGAAGAAAAUGACACUUGAGUCGAAGCUUCUUUUGCAUUCAUUUCAGUUAUAAUGGCGUUGACAUUGUAACAUUGUUGCAGCCGCCACAUUAUAUUUUGUAAUAACUCCUUUGUUUGGUGUUUUGCAUUCACCAAAUACAGUUCAAAACUUAGUUCACAACAUGAUCUAAAGAAUAACGGUAAAAUAAAUGGAUUUUGAGUGGUACGCCGAAAAGAUUUUAGAUUUUGAGCGUUUUCCCGCCAAAAUACGCGACAUAAUAAAAAAUCUCCUCUUAAUUAAAAUCAGGAAUAGCUACUGUGUAUACAGCAAACAGCACUACAUUGUCAUUAGCCAUAGAAAAUGUAUCAUAUAUUAUAGGUUCAGCUGAGUGUAUUCUCAAGCUAAAAAACUCAUUUCACUCAAACUGAUCGAGUAGGAGAUCAAUCACGUUUUCAACUUUUCUAAGUGAGAACAUAUUUCACUCGAGUCAGAGCAUGAUAUCAAUGUUUACCGCCAUAAAUCAUAAUCUUGAAAUUCGCAAUUGAGAACAGAAAAAACUCGUCUUGUAGUUGAAAGCUGAAACACAAUUUCUAGGUCAUGCAGGCACAUGCACUCAGCAUGGGGAGUGAGAUUUUUAAAAUACUGGCAGUUAUUGAAAUUGAAAUUUUAGUCGGAUCAACGGAUUUUUUUAUAAGAUGUAGUUACUCGUACUGCAUUACGUGCAUGGCCCUAUGAGUAUCUGUUAAACGGGCAACGUUUGACUUGCUCUAAACAAUACAAUAUCUUGAAUUCUUGAUAUUAAUUAAGAACUCUUCUACGACAAGUAUUUAGACAAAUUCAUUGCUUUCAUGCAUGCGAAGGCUAAGCUUUUCAAAAAAAAACAGCCAAGUGAAUUACUUAAUCGCAAAUAUAGGCCACAUCACUAAUACAUACUAGUAACGUUACUACCUAAAUAAUGUACUAAUAUAUAUUUAAAGUGAAUAUAUUUGUAAUAUAUUUGCCGAAGUGCAAAAUGUUAGAAGUUUAAACUACAGUAAAUAGAGGGAAUUUGAAUGGGGAAUAUGUGUAUAUAUCUUUACAUAAAAAAAUACAUGCACAAGCAAGUCUUGAUGACUGAUGUUGAGAGCUUGAAAACUCGCAAAUGCCUGGUAUUAAUGCUAAUAUAAUGCUGGCUUAAUAUAAAUUAUUGAAAAUAUA